AUGGACUUUAUUGGUGAUAUUAUAGAACGCGACACUGGUUCUGAUGCUCGAGGUCCAUCGGGGUCAGAGGCUGUGCCUGGUGUGUUAACGGCUGGGUUUCCACAGCUGUAUCGUCCCGAGAAGGUAUCAAAUUGGAGACUAAGAUUCCAACAAAAGAAAAAGAACAAACAGAGCCAGCAGCAGCAAAAAGAUAGUACUGGAAACAAGCAGCCUGAGCUUACUGAGGCAGAGAAGAUCCACCUAGAAAAUGUUAAAUACAUAUCUAGCAUGUCGCCCGAACAGAUAGAACAUGAAAGAAGAGAGUUAUUGGAUACAUUGGAUCCGGAUGUACUUGCUGGGUUGAUUCGACGUAUAAAUAGGGGUUCUUCUAACAGUGCUGCGGGAGAUUUGCCGUUGUUUGCGGAGGUAGAUGGGGCCGUCGGUACAUGGGUGGGCGGCACUAGAGAGUUUCCUAACAUGCCAAGAUUGGAUGAUGCAACAGUUGAAAAGGCAUUAGGAGUUCAAGCGCCAGCGGUAUCAGUGCUAUCUCCAAAUAAAGACUUUGAUUACGAUAUCCCUCCCUCUACACAUGAAGAUGAAGAUGACAUAGCGCCACAAGAGUAUCAAUUAAUUAAAAAUAUAAGCCAAAUGACAAAUAAGGAAUUGCUAGAAGAUGUACACUUUGUCAAAAAUACUAUGCAGGCCCCGGAAUUGGAUAUCGGUGAUGCUGAUUUUAUGGAGAAGUUACACGAGAAGUAUUUCCCUGAUCUGCCAAAGGAAGUCGAUAAGUUGGCAUGGAUGCAGGCGAUACCAGACUCGUAUUCUAAGCUGGAUCGUAUACUGGAUGAUCCCUCUGAAUGUAGAUUCGACUUCAAUGGCAAUUUAGUCCCACCGGGCCGGGAGAUAACAGAUACCAGAACGGGUUUGCAUCAUCACUCAAAAGACGAACAUUUGGCUGGAUACACCAUUCCAGAGCUGCAGCAUCUUUCUCGUUCAAGUUUUGCUUCCCAGCGCUGUAUUUCAAUUCAAAUUCUCGGCCGCAUUCUUUACAAACUGGGCAAACAAUCGUACUACCAAUUGGUUCCAACUGUGGACGCAAACACUUACGAAGAGGAAGGUGGGGUUGAUGGAAUCACGUCCAAGAUAUACUAUAUGUUCUGGGACCUAAUUAAAUCAACGAUGAUCGUGGAAUCCCUCCAACUUGCUGCGGACGAAAAGCAGACCAAGAAUUUAAAUGUAAGAAACUACGCGAUCGAUGCCCUGUGGCUAUGGAAACAAGGUGGUGGAGACCCAAGGCUCAAAAAAUAG